AUGUCCAACUACGACAACAAUGACUCGACAUGUCACUCUCCUUCAACCUCCCCAAUGAACGAAUCAGCUACAUCUGAUACGGCCGAUCAAUGUGUGCCAUCAGCUCCUUCAACUUCUUCUUUUGACGAUACAAAGAAUUCCCUCAAGCGUAAAGCACCGGAUGAUGAUGACGAAGAUGAUGAUGAUACAUGCACAUGCGAGUGGGCAGCAUGCGACGAGCAGUUCAGUACCUUGGACGACUUGGCACCUCAUUUGUUUAGAAAUCAUCUCAACAAUCGCCGUUCUAUUGAUUUCCAUUGUCGAUGGGGUUCAUGCACCGUAUCAGUGGAUGGUUCUGAAGAGCUACUUUCUCACUUGACAAACCAUUUGGGCCAACGUUUGAUCCACGGGUGUCGAUGGCUUAACUGCAACCGGCGAUUUGCAUCGUUUGACGAGUUGACGGGUCAUUUAUCGGAAGAGCAUGUGGGCGCUGGUCAAAGCAAAUACAGUUGCUUAUGGGAACGCUGUGAUCGUCAAGGCAAAGUCUUUACACAACGUCAAAAGGUCAUGAGACACAUUCAGACGCACACUGGUGACAAGCCUUAUGAAUGUACUAUUUGCAGAAAGCGCUUCUCGGAAUCCAACAUCAUGACACAGCACAUGCGUACUCAUACGGGUGAAAAGCCUUACAAGUGUCCCGAGUCAGGUUGCAACCGCCAAUUCUCUAUAUCAGGUGCAUUGACUAUUCAUCGUCGUGUCCAUUCGGGUGAACGUCCCUUCUCUUGCAAAUAUGAUGGAUGUAAUAAAAGAUUUGCUGAAAGCAGUAAUCUCACCAAACAUAUGCGGGUCCAUACUGGUGAACGUCCUUUCCGUUGCUCGGUGAUUCCUUGUGGAAAAGCAUUCUCAAGACCCGAUCAAGUAUCACGCCAUCUCAAGACGCAUGAGCGACAAGCAGCCAAGCGGAAUCAAUCCAAAUAA